CCACCCGAGCCCGCCGAGGUCGAGGUCGUAGCACAUUGCUUCGCCUUUCCUAAUUGGAGGAAGUGGUCGAGAUAUAGGUAUUGCAAAGGAGCUCCCUUCAGCUCAAUACUUGAGACUCAGUCGUGUUGGGCUACGAAAUAUUAGAAUUCAAUAGAGAAAGACUAAAAUGGCAGCUUCUUCAGUAGAGAGGAUCUACCAUCACCCCACACAGCGCUAUGAGGCGAUCCCGUCUAUGGACUUGUUGACGCUACUGUUUGAAUCUGAACUUUCAGCUGCGCAAGAUGAUACCGUACUUCACUUCGAAGCCAAGGAUCCAGAGAACAAGAUCAACAAGGCACAACUUUCAGCUUUGACACAGAACAUCGCACAUGGCCUUCGACACAAGUAUGGCAUUGGUAAGGAUGGACCGGAUACAGAUACAGUGACGGUAAUCAGCCAUGGACAAAUUCUGGUUCCGGCUUUACUAUACGGCAUCAUAGCUGCGGGCGGCGUGUACUCUGCCGCCAGUCCUUCUUCCACUGUUUCUGAACUUGCCCGACAAGUCAAGAUUGGCAAAAGCAACCUCAUUGUCUGUGGCGAAGAGCAUCGCGAUGUUGCCGCCAAAGCUGCCAAGGAAUGCGGCCUUCCCCCACAAAACGUCCUUGUGCUCGACUCAACGAAAGGAGCCUGGAAGUUGCAAAGCUUGGAUGGCAAAGUGAACGCCAUCUCGGGAGAGAAACUAAAAUGGAGAACAAUCACCGACCCCGUCAAAUUGAAAUCGAGCUUAAUCGUCAUCCUCUGGUCCAGCGGCACAACCGGUCUCCCCAAAGGCGUCAUGCUCUCACACACCAACCUCGUCGCCGAAACCCAUCUCACCUCCCUCAGCGUCCGCGAAUGGGUCGCAAAAGAAAUGGAGAAAGGCACCUUCGAACCACCCACCACCUCUCCCACAACACUCGCUCACCUCCCCAUUUCCCACAUCGCAGGCCUGUUCGGCUACCUCAUCGGACCCAUCUACUCCGCCGCAACAGUAAUCUGGAUGCGAAAAUACAACUGGUCCGACCUCCUGUCCAAUUUGAGAAAGUAUAAGAUAACUUCAUUUUACACCGUCCCCUCAAUCUGGCUCCGCAUCUCCAAAUCCCCCGAAAUCACAGACCAUUUAUCCUCCCUCGAAGCAGCAAACACAGGCGCCGCACCCAUGGACUCUAUCCUCCAGCAAGCUUCCAAUAAACGUAUCGGCGACGGAACGAAAACUUUCAUCGGACAGACGUGGGGAUUAUCGGAGACAACAGGUGCGGUUACGGCGAUUCCGAAAGGAGAAGUUGAUUUGACGGGUUGUAUUGGGUAUAUUUUACCUGCGGUGGAGUUGAGGAUUGUGGAUGAGGAGUUUAGGGAUGUGGAACCUGGGCAGGAGGGGGAGUUGUUGAUUAGGAGUCCGCUGGUUACGAAUGGGUAUUAUGAUAAUGAAGAGGCGACGAGGGGGGCUUUUCGUGGGGGGUGGUUUUGUAGUGGGGAUAUUGGAGUCUUCAGAGAGGGGAAGUUUUAUGUGGUUGAUCGGAAGAAGGAACUUCUGAAGUACAAAGGCUUGCAAGUCGCACCAGCGGAACUGGAGAAUCUGCUGUUCACGCAUCCGCAUAUUCGAGAGGCGGCGGUAGUCGGCGUACCAGCACCUGACGAUCCAACGACCGAUUUACCUCGGGCUUACAUUGUUGCGACCGACAGAAAUAAAGUCACAGAAGAGGAGGUGAAAGACUUUGUCAAGUACAGGGUUGCGCCGUACAAGCAAUUGCGAGGUGGCGUUGUGUUCAUUGAUGAGAUCCCGAAAAAUGCGAUAGGCAAGUUCUUACGUAAAGACUUGCGGGAACGUGCGAAGAGGGAGUUGCAAGCGCAGAAGGCUAGGCUGUAGAACUCUUUCGCCUUCGAAUGCAGGCUACGAUAUGUUAACGAGCCUUCGUCAAAGAUGACUUGGAUAGAGCGGAUGCCGGUUAUUCUCGUCAAGAAUGCCUCCACCAGAAGACCGCACAUUUUACUCUGCCACUUUCUCCUGCAAAUCAUUCUUCUCUGCGACCGAU